AUGGCGCAGGGGACAGUGAUCCAUGUGGCCCCAGGGCAACCCACCUAUGCCGUGUGUGUGCUGGGCACCGAGACGCAGUUGGAUGUCUACGGCUCUGCCCCCCAGGGGUACACAUCUUUCAGCAUCAGUGCUUCCCCAGGAGUGGUCGUGGAUGUUGCCCAUACCCGUCCAGCCAAGAAGAAUCCCACAGGUUCCUCCAAGUGGCUCCUGAACCCUGGGCUGGAGGUGAGCCUGAAGAUAAGAGCUGCCAGCAAUAGCACAGGUGACCAGAAGGUUCAGAUUUCAUACUAUGGACCUGAGACCACUGCAGUUGAAGCCCUGCUCUGCAUCACCGGGGUUGAAAUCUCCUUGAGCUCGGACAUCACCCGCACUGGCAAAACGAAGCCCCCCAGAGGCAGGAAGGACCAGAGGACCUGGACCUGGGGCCCUCGCGGGCAGGGCGCCAUCCUGCUGGUGAACUGUGACAGAGACAAUCCCAAAUCUUCCACCAUGGACUUCAAGGAUGACCACCUUGACAGCAACGAUCUAAAGGAGAUGUCCCUGAUGACCCUGAGCACAAAGACCCCCAGGGACUUCUUCAGCAAGCACCAGCUGGUGCUCCACGUGGCCAAAUCUGAGAUGGACAAAGUCAGGGUGUUUCAAGCCAAUGUGGACAAGCAGCCCCCCACGUACAGCAUGGUCCUGGGACCGGAGCAUCCCUCUCAGGCCCUGGAGCUCCUGGGUGGCCAGCACCGCACAGACUUCUACGUGGAGGGUCUGGCUUUCCCAGAUGCCAGCUUUCCCGGGCUUAUUUCCCUCUACCUCUCCCUUCUGGACACGUCCAGCCUGGAGCUCCCCAAGGCCCUGGUUUUCCAAGACAGCGUGGUCUUCCGUGUGGCCCCCUGGAUCAUGACCCCCAACACUCAGCCCCCGAAGGAGGUGUACGUGUGCAGUUUAUUUGAAAAUGAGGACUUCCUGAAGUCAGUGGCUGCUCUGACCAAGAAAGCCAAGUGCAAGCUGAUGGUUUGUGCUAAGGAGGAGAGCAGGGAUGACCGGUGGAUGCAGGACGAGAUGGAGAUCGGCUACAUCCAAGCCCCACACAAAACACUGCCCGUGGUCUUUGACUCCCCGAGGAACAGAGGCCUGAAGGAUUUCCCCGUCAAAUGCAUGCUGGGUCCCGACUUUGGCUAUGUGACUCGAGUGCCUCAAACAGGGAGAGUUACUGACCUCGACUCCUUUGGGAACCUGGAAGUGAGCCCCCCGGUGACAGUCGGGAAGAAGGAAUACCCACUGGGCAGGAUUCUCAUUGGGGACAGCGGUUACCCCAGCAAGGAAAGCCAGGAGAUGAACCAGGCCCUGCAGGAUUUCCUUGGUGCCCAGCAGGUGCAGGCCCCUGUGAAACUCUACUCCGAUUGGCUGUCUGUGGGCCACGUGGACGAGUUCCUGAGCUUCGUUCCAGGUUUCUGCCUCCAGGGCUUCCGGCUGCUCCUGGCCAGCCCCAGGUCCUGCUACAAACUGUUCCAGGAGCAGCUGAAGGAGGGCCACGGGGAGGCUCUGCUGUUCCAAGGGGUCAAGAACAAAGCCCAGCAGAAAAUAAAGGACAUUCUGUCAAACAAGAAACUAAGAGAACAUAAUUCAUAUGUGGAGAAAUGCAUCGACUGGAACCGGGAGGUGCUGAAGCGGGAGCUGGGCCUGACCGAGCGGGACAUUGUGGACAUCCCCCAGCUCUUCAAGCUCCAGAAAGGCAUCAAAGGGAUCCUCAAGGCCGAAGCCUUUUUCCCAAACAUGGUGAACAUGCUGGUGCUGGGGAAGCACCUGGGCAUCCCCAAGCCCUUUGGGCCCAUCAUCAACGGCCGCUGCUGCCUGGAGGAGAAGGUGCGGUCCCUACUGGAGCCGCUGGGUCUCCACUGCACCUUCAUUGACGACUUCUACACCUACCACGUUCAGCAAGGGGAUGUGCACUGCGGCACCAAUGUGCGCCGGCAGCCCUUCUCCUUCAAGUGGUGGCACAUGGUCCUCUGAGCC